AUGGUUGCCGCAAAGAAGCACGUUCCUAUCGUGAAGAAGCGCACGAAGCUCUUCAACCGUCACCAGAGCGACCGCUUCAAGUGUGUCGACCGAUCAUGGCGCAAGCCCAAGGGUAUCGACAACCGUGUCCGUAGACGGUUCAGGGGCAACACUGCCAUGCCCUCGAUCGGCUUCGGCUCCAACAAGAAGACCCGUCACAUGAUGCCCUCCGGCCACAAGGCUUUCAUCGUCAACAACGUCAAGGAUGUCGAGCUCCUGCUGAUGCACAACAAGACCUACGCCGCUGAGAUCGCCCACAACGUUUCCUCCCGAAAGCGAGUCGAGAUCAUUGCCCGUGCGAAGCAACUGAGCGUCAAGGUCACCAACCCCAAGGCGAAGGUUACGACGGAGGUGUAA